CAGUUUGGUCUUAUGAUGGCACUCUUUUCUCAAACUAGUCAGCAGGGUUUUCAGGCUUUGCUGUGGAAAUGUCACAUGUUCUGGCCUGUUUCAAGAUGCCGACAACUGUUUGCUGCCUCUUUGAGCAUCCCUAAUAGGGAAAAAAUUAACUGUUUCAGUUUUAUGACAUCUUCCAGCACUGCUUUACCAGUGGACCCCAAAGAAACUGAUGUCUUACCUACCAAGAAAAAGUCUGAAAUUGAUUGCAAAGAAGGAAAAGGAUGGGAUGAGGAGACUAAAGAAAUACCUGAAGAGAAAUUCCACUUUUCUUCCUCUGUUGGAGCUGCAAAGAAAUGGUCAAUGAGUCAUGUUCUGUCAAGGCAUAAGUUUAGCAAUGUACAACCUCCAGAAAAACCUUUGCAGGCUGAGGAAUGGAACAAACUAAGGGAAAAUUUCCAGUCACCUGAAAUAUUUGAAGAGGUGAUGCUGAACAGUAUGAUCAGGUGCAACAGCCCCAUUGAUGUGGCCAAGUCCUUGCUGACCCACCUGGCAAAGCGUAAUGGUGACAUUGCAUACAAUGUGCUGGUCAAAUACCUGACCCUGUGUGUCCAGCAGGGACAGGUUUCAGAAAUCCGUGAUGUGUAUGACAUCAUGAAAGUCAGGUUUAAGAUUUUAGAAAGUGGGGCUUACAACCUUCUAAUCAGGGGGUUGAGCAAUUCAAAUCAAUGGAGAAUGGCCUUGGCUGUUUUGGAAGAAGUAAAAAAGAUUAUGAUUCCCUCACGGGUGUGCUAUGAAUCUUGUAUCAAAGCAGCCAGCCGUCACCAAGAAAUGAAACUCGCCUUUGAACUGUACAAUGAAAUGUUGGCUAAAGAUGUGGUCCCAACCUUGGAUGUCCUGCAGUCGUUUUUUGACUUCAACAGGGGUAUGAAAGGUGCUGAGUUACAAAAAGAGCUCUUUGGUAUCCUCUUAUAUUUGAGAGAGAACCAAAUAUACCCUCACAAAACAUUUAUGUGGAGUAUAAAGCUAUGGUUUGAAAGUUUACCAGGAGGGAACUGGAGAGGACACCUGACCAACAUUAAAGACAGUGGACAAUGCCCAGUUUGCAAGCAUCAGCUGGAGGACAGUAACCUCACCGAAGAGGAAUACAGUAAUCUCAGUGAGAGAAUAAUAAGGGACGUGAUACAUGGAACUGACACUUUUAGAAAGACAAGUCCAAAGGAAUUGGAGGCCUUUCAAACAUUUGUGGAAAAUCGACUUCCGUUUGAUAUUGUUAUUGAUGGACUCAAUGUUGCCCACAUAAAAUCCAGAAGGAUGCAGUGUGAAAAUCUGUUUGAUGCUGUCAACUGCCUGGCAAAAGAGAAUGCCAGGUUGCUUGUGCUGGGCCGCAAACAUAUGCUGAUGAACUCUUCAAAUUGGAAAAGAGAAAUUAUGGAGGAGAUGCAGAAUAAGGCAGACUUCUUCUUUGCUGAAAAUAUCUCUGAAGAUGAUGCCUUCUUGUUAUAUGCCACUCUGCGAUCAGGCAAGCAUUGCAAGUUUGUUACGAGAGACUUCCUCCGGGAUCACAAGGCUUGUCUCUCCGACAGUCUGACACGUCACCUGUUCCGCAAGUGGCAGCGUGGGCACCAGAUAGUGUUCUUCCCUUCUGCAGAAGGAAGGAGUAUAAAAUUUUUGCCUGCUCUCCGUUAUGACUGUGUGGUACAGACUACAGGUGAUACAUGGCAUAUUCCCUAUAAAAAUGUUUUUGAGGAAAAAUAUUCAUAUCAAGUACCAAGAAAAUGGCUCUGCAUUCAACAGAAAUGAUGAAAAAUGUAAUUGGACAAACUGAAGCUGCCUUUUUUUUUUUUUUUUUUUUGUAAUCUCUGUUGCUGGCUAGGAGAAUUCAGCAGGACAAUUAUGGGAUUAAAUGUGUGAGGUGUGUAACUAAAGAAAACUGAAUGACUGCUUUUGACAAAAUCAUUCUUGCAUACAUCUCUUAACAUCAGUGGUGGUCCAGUGGGGGUGAAUUAUGUCCCAUUUCCAUUUUUACAGGCAAUUUUUGUGAUUUGAAUUAAAACUUGAUUUUUCCUGUUGGAA